AUGAAGUUCGGCGCUUGUUAUGCUUCCUUACUUCAGCAGGGCAGUCUAGUUAUACCAAAGUCCAAGUGGGAAUUGAACCUAUGUCUUGAAGAUGCAGAGUUCUAUGAUAUUGGAACUGAACCUAUCCUCACCAUCGGAAAGGGAAACUUCGGCACUGCAUCAAGCGUGCUCGUGCCGAUGGAGGAGAUAAUAGCAAUGCCACCACAACUUCCACCCACGUCCACCCUGCAGUUUCUUCUUUUUGAAUAUAUAAAUGUCCGCAGCUGUCAUAAGUUGAAGAGGGUGCUAACUUUUGAGUUAUUCACGCUCCUCCCCAACCUCAACUCUAUUGAGGUUUAUGAUUGUGAACAGACGGAGGAGAUAAUAGCAAUGCCACCACAACUUCCAGCCACGUCCACCCUGCAGUUUGGUCUUCUUACAGAAAUAAGAGUCGACAUAUGUCAUAAGAUGAAGAGGGUGCUAACUCUUGAGUUAUUCAUGCUCCUCCCCAAACUCCAAAAAAUCACUGUUAUGCAUUGUAAACAGAUGAAGGAAGUGAUAGGCCACGGAUUAGAGAACGGAGGAGGAGCCAUGGUUGGAAACAACACCACCGGCAGCUUGUUAUUGUCCCCCUCUGAAUCAUCCGCUCACCAAUCGAGGACAAGGCAGCUGACCUUAAUAUUGAACGGCCUCGAGGAACUUGAGAGCAUAUGCAGUUGGACUGGACUUCGGGAUCUCAUACAUGUCAUUGAAAUAGGAGACUGUCCGAUGCUUAAGAGGAUUGAAAUGCUAGAUGGAAUAAUCGCUUCUCCUCCCCCUUCUCUUAAGGAGAUAACACUACGUGGAGAUGGAGAUGGAGAAUGGUGGGAAUCUCUGGAGUGGGCCUACCCUGAGGCCAAGACUGCCCUACUACCUUAUGUCUUCAUCAUAUCCGGUGUGGGAUACGGCAAAAUCCCUAUCCAGGAAUGGCGUUGUAGUCGGCAGUUUUAACGGGGCCUAACAGGAUAAUAAUGAUACACGUCAAGGGAGGUGGAUUCAUUCAAGUCGAACAACGAGUAGCAUUGCAUCAUCAUCAGAUUGCCUAUUUAGGUUUUGUUCGCGAGUCAUCACGCCACUAUCGUUCGCUAACCAAAAUCUGAAAUUCUGGAGUCUGAUUCUUAAAACUUUCUGCUGCUGGGAGAUUUCUGGAUCGCGGAUAGAUUGAAGAAUUGGAGGACGUCUUGUACGGCACAAGUCAAUAGGGUUCCCGAAUUCCUUUUGGUUUUUAAUAAUAUCAUCAAAAAAAUUAUUAUUGCCAAAGUAGAUUUUUUGAUAUAUCUUGUGAUACAGUACCACGUGGUAUGCCCAUUACCCCAACGCCCCGAAAAAUUGAGAUACUUUGUACUUUUUUUUUCUUUUGGCUAGAUGGAAUACUUUGUGCCUUUAUCUGUGCUUCGUGCGGGUAAUAUUGCACAGAUAAACCAUUUUUAUUAUUCUCAAUUUUAUAAAUAUUUAAUUAA